AUGGCGCAGAAGGCAGACGGCUCCUCUGCAGGCAGCGAGAACAGCGCGACUGCUGCACAUGCCUCGCAUGCUAAUGGUCAGCCCUCGAAUCGCCCUGUCGUGCCCAUCGUCUCGCAGCCUAUAAGCAAGCCCAUUGAAUUACCGCCACAAUACCGCCCACGGAAGCCACGAAAACAAGUCAACGUUGCUUGUCAGCCUUGUAGGAAACGAAGGUCGAAGUGCACGGGCACCGCUCCAUGCUCACGAUGCGUGGCAGAAGGCAAUGAAUGUGUCUUUGACGGGCGAAAAGAUGCACAAGAACGCAAUAGGGAACUUCGGAACAGCGAAAAGGCCCUGUCCAAAGUGUUUCGCGUGCUGAAGAAACUUGAGACCGGCGACUCAUCCUCGGCUGCUGCAUUUGCCCAGAUCAAACAGCUGGCAGAGAACAGCAGUGAAUUUUCUUCAUUUGCACGUGAGCUGUUUAGCUUGGACGACAAGACGAAUCCUUUUGACUUUGCCGAUUUUGACGGGUCGCGUCCCGUCGUUCCAAAACAUGAAGACGACUCGCGAGGAUCAGUGAGCUGGUCUCAUAUAUCACCAGCACAGACUGGCGACGGUCUUACGCCUUGGUCAGCAGACAACAACAGACAAAGUCCGGGGAAUGUACCCAUGAACAAAACUGCAAUGGCAAGCCCAGGGACAAUGUCUAAAAGUCCACAUCCUCAUUCUGGGCAUGCAAAUAAGGGCCUCAAGGCCGACUUUGGUAACCUACCAUUUUCAAGUGCCAUCAAGGCAAAUGGCUACCCUGCACACAUUCAACAUCAACAACUACAGAAUCUCAGCACCUCUGCCGAGUAUAGCAUGUUACCACUUCAUUCGUUCGAACAAGAGGCUCUUGGUAGAGCAUACUUGAGUUUCAGGGACGCGACGCUGCAGAUGAUAGCUGAUGGAAUGCCUGCUCGAGACGUGCUCGGAUCACACGACUAUGUAAACCUGGAUCUUUAUUUCCGCGAACGACUACCUACGGAUGGCCAUUCAGUCAGUACGUUUGUAUGCGAGAUAAUGAAGAGUCUUGCAAACCCGGAUAUGUACGCAAAGUUGGCUUCUAUCGUUCUGAUGGCGCCAUUGAUGAGGUGGAUCUUGUUCCCUACGUCGGAACAUUAUCGAAGGAUACCAGCACUCAUGCGACCCUUGCCUAGCCAGAGAUUUAUACCGCACAGCCCAGCUCUCGACCUUGCACCUCACCCAGCCAUCCGCGGCGUGCUAAUGACUGCCUUCAAUGAAGAAUGGCUAACACCAGAAAACCAAAUCACUGCGGCUCCAGUAAUAAAUUGGCAGCAUGACCUGGACAAGACGGUGUACCACGACGAGGUCACUGGAUGUCUGCGCUUCACAAAGCAGUUCGAAGACCACGCGUGUGAUCCUAACAAUUGGACCUUUUCAAAACGCGUGCUCGAUGUUUUCCCGAGCAUACGAGAUCACGGUGCCAUCAUCGCACCUAGGCCUGGCGAAGAUUGA